GUGUGUGUCACAUCGAAACUAUUUCGCUCAUAACAGAGGUUUUAUUUUGACAGUGUAAUUUGCGAGUGGCCCGCGCGAUGUUCAGUACACCGGCCAAGCCCUGAGGGAAACCGACAAGCGUAGAUCCGUGCGCGUGACCGCGUAAGAUCAGAAAUAUCGCAGCUCGGGUUCCCUUGCUAAACGGGUUGUCGCUGCAUGUGUCACUGUGAGUGCUGCUGUGCCACAGCACCGAACCAUACCCUCGGAGCGUUCAUCCCGUUAACAUUUACGCGCUUAUUAUCUAAGGCAGUGCUCACGGUCGAACAGAUGCGAUAUUGAGGGAAUCCCAUUGAAUUACCACCGAUGAGUUGUUUGGCCGCGUUGCGCUCUGUUCGGUGCUGCUCCUUCAACUAAUCGCGUGUGUGAUGCCCGGGAGUCGCUCCAGCACGGACCCAGAGCACAAGUCACCGCGGGAAAGUGGUGAAGAUUCGGAAGAUGAGAGUGAAAUCCUGGAAGAGAGCCCCUGCGGGCGGUGGCUCAAACGCCGGGAAGAGGUAUAUGUAGGUUCCAAGUCCACGUUAGCCGAAGGCUCUACCUUUGGAGCAGCCAGAGGCAGUGAAAACGAAGUCACUGAAAUGGAGGUGGAACAACGUGAUGUACCAGGAAUCGACUGUGCCUAUUUGGCAAUGGAUACAGAGGAAGGUGUUGAAGUUGUUUGGAACGAGGUGCAAUUUUCUGAAAGAAAGAACUUCAAAGCGCAAGAGGAAAAAAUACAGCUUGUAUUUGAAAAUCUUACACAGUUGGAACACCCUAAUAUUGUUAAAUUUCAUAGGUAUUGGACAGAUACCCAUAAUGAUAAGCCAAGGGUUAUAUUUAUAACUGAGUAUAUGUCCUCUGGAUCUUUGAAACAGUUCCUAAAAAGAACAAAGCGUAAUGUGAAAAAAUUACCCCUGCAAGCAUGGAAACGUUGGUGUACUCAAAUACUUUCUGCAUUGAGUUAUUUGCAUUCCUGUUCACCUCCUAUUAUUCAUGGAAAUCUCACUUGUGACACUAUAUUUAUUCAACAUAAUGGGCUUGUAAAAAUUGGCUCAGUGGCUCCCGAUGCCAUCCAUCAUCAUGUUAAAACUUGUAGAGCAAACAUGAAGAACAUGCACUUUGUAGCGCCAGAAUAUGGAAAUUCUGUAACCCCUGCCAUUGAUAUUUAUUCGUUCGGUAUGUGUGCCCUGGAAAUGGCCGCGUUAGAAAUUCAGGGUAACGGUGACACCGGCACGAUCGUCACCGACGAAAACGUACGGAAGACCAUAGAAUCUUUAGACGAUGCCCAGCAGAAAGACUUUAUCCGAAAAUGUCUUCAAGUAGAUCCGCUCAGUAGACCAAGCGCGAGAGAACUUCUUUUUCAUCCUGUUCUCUUCGAGGUGCAUUCGCUGAAAUUACUUGCUGCUCAUGCUUUGGUUAAUUCAGCCACUAAUAUUUCAGAAACGAUAACGGACGAAGUAUUACAAAGGUUAUACGGACCUGAUACGGUAGUCGCUGAAAUUAAGUAUCAAGGACGACCGCCGCAGCAAAUACGAUUAAGUGAUAUCCCCGUUACAGAGAAGUUGGAGAAGUUUGGUUGUUGGUACGGUAUAUACCCCCUGACAGCAUUUAUGGCAAAACUACCACCACCUGUUCGACCAAGGGCGAUAUCGCCCGAGGUAACUGAGUCUGUGAAAUCGGUUACGCCAGAACCGGUAGACGUGGAGUCCCGACGAGUAGUUAAUAUGAUGUGUAACGUUAAGCCUAGAGAAGAAAGUUGUGAAUUACUUAUGACAAUAUUAUUACGAAUGGAUGACAAAAUGAAUAGGCAAUUGACGUGUCCCGUGAGUCAAUUAGAUACUUCGAUGCUUCUCGCGCAGGAGCUUGUACAUUUUGGAUUUAUUAACGAGAACGAUCGUGAUAAAAUAGCAAAUUUAAUCGAAGAGGCAUUAAGGAGUUGUUUUAACAAGCAACUAUUGACGCCAGGAAUAGUAUCGUUAACCAAUCUUCCCACCCAGACUACUCUACUGCUGCCUGGUCCAGAAUUUCCAUGUUUGCAACACUUUGAUAAUUCUAUGUAUAACGCGACAACAUCCAAUAGUGAUAGUGUAACUAACCCGCUGCCAAAAACCUCAGGUCUCCCCGUGUCGAGUAACGCGAGCAAGAGUCACGAUGAAACGGAACCACCGUCGAAUGCUGAGAGCGGUAGUUAACCAUCCAGGAUAUCUGGUAACUCAGUUCACUGUGCCACUUUGCACGCUCUAUGUAUAGACUGGCUAUGUAUUUUUAUAUUUAAGUAAAC